UAUCUGCUGUCGGCUGUCAACUUACUUCUGCGCUUAUGCCAAUAUAUUUUUGUUUGCCACAAACGUUUUAAUUUUCUAUAUAAUGGCAGACUCUUUGCAUAAAAAUUUCGAAACACUACGCAAUAUCUUUGAAGAAGUGCUCAAGAUGAAGAACAGCACCGCAGAACGUGAUCGUGGCGAUGAAUUGACCGAGAAGCGCAAGUACGCAUCGUUGCUGUUUGUGUUGAUCAAGAAAGUAAAUCGUAUGGUUAAGUAUAGCUUACGGUCUGGACGUGAAGACUUGCACCGCGAAAAAGUGCGCGUAGACAGCAAUCGACUGCAUCUACAGAAUUUGCUGUACGAGGUCAACCAUUUGAAACGUGAGAUACGUUAUUGUCACAAAUUCAAGAGUCAAGAUGAGGACAUCGAAUUGGUGCCAGAGAACGAAGAGGCAGGAGAGGACGACAAAUCGUUAGUGCUCAAAGAUGUGUCGCCAUUGUCAGGGCAUGCUAAACAUUUGGCACGGCUGGAACGAGAAUUGAAUUUGCGUAAACAAUUGUCGGCACAAUGCAAGGAAUUACUCAAUACAAAGCAACAGGUAUUCAGAGAUAUCGUUUUGAAAACGGAGAAGCUUACAUCGUUCGCGCCAUCCCUGCGCACUUUGUUAAAAGCCACACGACCCCUACAAGAAGCGCUCCAAGUGCCGAUGGAUCGUGAAUGGAAAUUGCAGCAACUGGUGCAGCUUUUGCCUCAACCUCUUUAUCUAGCAUACAUGAACAUACACGCUCUAGAGUUGGCGAAAGAAAGUGAUGUUUGUGUAGUUGUGGUGGGUAGUGAAGAUGAUGUGCGUCAACUGGAAAUAGCAGCACAGACAGAGGUGAUUAAGAGUGGGGCCAGUUCGGACACGGACGAGCUAGACGUGGGAAGCGUUACAAAAAAACGUAAAACCCAUGGCGGUAACAGUGAAUUGCUAAUAGAUGUAUUGCAAGAACAGAGGAAACGCGUUUUGCAACCUCAUCCACUUGAGGUGCGCUUCACAAUUGGAAAUGGCGCUAAAAGUAUGGAAGAGUCCAUAGCUGUUAAAUUGCGCUACUUUAAGCGCUUGGGCUUUGUCACCGCAGCAACGGUUGUAAGUUUGAGUGAUGCCGAUCAAAGUUUCGCAGACGUAUCACUAACUCAAGACGUACUCAAAUAUCUGCAUGACGAUGACAUGGGUGAUACUAUACCCGUACCAGGUGCCGAAUAUGAGCUGAAGCAUAUAAAUAUGACAGCAGAAGAAUGUGUAGAUUAUUUGAAUUGUAAAGAAUACGGACGUCCCUACCGCUGGCUACAGGCCAUGUGUUGCAUUGAGGUUUUUAACGGAGCUAAUGCCAUAGCGCCAUCAGGUGAGGUUACGCGCAACGAGCAGCCACAGUUACAGAAAAUGAUACCUGAUUUAAUUAAAUCAAUACAACAACUAUGGACCUCUCGUUUGAAUUUGAUCAAACAGAUACGCGCUUUAGUGCAAAAACAAAUCGAUUUAUAUCUCAAAGAAGAACGCUUGCCCACAACUCGUCCCGCCUGUAGCCUCGUACAGUGGACAGCACUUACCUAUGAAGAGUACUUGGCGUCAUCGCCUUCCACUGAUAGUGAAAUUAACAAUGGUAAUCAACUUUUUUAUCGCGCUGUGGUUGUUCGCGGCUCAGCCAAAAUGGAGUGUUUAGUUAGCAUAAGUAGCAAAUUUCCAUCUGAAAGUCCUAUUUGGUUCAUAUGCAUUUACUGGAAUGGUCAGCAUAAUGCCAUUAACAGCGCGGCAGUAAAGUCAAUGGAGUUCUGGACAAACUCAUUGACGCAGUCUAUGUUACAGCAUCCAUUGGCGUUGUUGGCGACUCAACUUGUACGUACUAUGUACAGUUUCGAUAUAUUCUUGGAGACAGAAGGCCCACUUUACAAUCCAGUAGAAUAUCAUCGUGAGAAACACUAUAUAAAGGCAUUCGCAAAACGUAUACGUGCGCGACCAUAUCGUUAUAUUGAAGGCGGUACUGUUAAUACAUUUAAGCAGUAAGUUCUAAGAAUUAUAUUUGCAAUUCGUUUUUGUGAAUCUAAAAAUACAUAGGAAUUCUUGUAAUUAUGGGAUUUAAUGUUAACAAAAAUUUACGGAAAAUAUAUAAAUAUAAAAAUA